GCGCGGCGCAGGCGGAGGCGGGGCAGCGGUCGGUUGCUAAGACUUGUGAGGCGCAGUACUCGCGUGCGGCUCUUCAGAGCUGGCGCCCCCGCCGGCGGCGUCCCCCUGACAGCCCCCUGUUGCCUGUGUUACUCAGCGGCUGUGCUCCUGGAGGACAGUCGGAGCCCCGCCCAGGAUGGACCCCGCCCCGGGCCUCGCGGAGCAGCGUGGGGACGAGGAGGCCGCGAGCCCCCAGCCAGCGCCUGCGCCGUGGCAAGCCCUCCCGGUCCUGUCCGAGCAGCAGUCCCAGGACGUGGAGCUGGUGCUGGCCUACGCCGCGCCCGUCCUCGACAAGCGUCAGACCUCGCGCCUCCUCAAGGAGGUGUCGGCCGUGCACCCGCUGCCCGCCCAGCCUCACCUCAAGAGGGUGCGGCCCAGCCGCGAUGCCAGCCGCCCGCACGCACUGGAGAUACUGCUGUGCCUGGCGGGGCCGGCCCCGGGUGCACGAUCGCUGGCCGAGCUCCUCCCGCGGCCGGCCGUGGACCCUCGCGGCCUGGGGCAGCCCUUCCUGGUGCCCGUGCCCGCCCGGCCGCCCCUGACCAGAGGCCAGUUCGAGGAGGCGCGCGCCCACUGGCCCACGUCCUUCCACGAGGACAGGCACGUGGCCCGUGCCCUGGCCGGACGGCUCUUCUCGGUGCAGGAGCAGGCGGCGAUGCAGGGCCACAUGGAGCGGGCCGUGUGGGCGGCGCAGCAGGCGGCCGCCAGGGGCCUGAGGGCCGUGGGGGCGGUGGUGGUGGACCCAUCCUCGGGCCGCGUGCUGGCCACGGGCCAUGACUGCAGCAGCGUGGCCAGCCCCCUGCUGCAUGCCACCAUGGUGUGCAUCGACCUGGUGGCCCGGGGCCAGGGGCGCGGCGCCUACGACCUCCGCCCCUACCCUGCCUGCUCCUUCGCCCCGGCCGUCGUUGUCCCCCAGGGCGUCCGCGCGGGCUCUGUGCGCAAGCUGGAGGAGGACGGGGACGCGCGCGGGGACAGCCUGCCCUACGUGUGCACCGGCUAUGAUCUCUACAUCACCCGUGAGCCCUGUGCCAUGUGCGCCAUGGCCCUGGUACACUCCCGCGUGCAGCGCGUCUUCUACGGGGCGCCGUCGCCCGACGGUGCGCUGGGCACCCGCUUCCGCAUCCACGCCCGGCCGGACCUCAACCACCGCUUCCAGGUGUUCCGUGGUGUUCUGGAAGCCCAGUGCCGCCGGCUCCACCCCUUCGUGUAGGCGGCCGCGCCCGCAGGACCCCGGGCCCCGGGCCGGGCUCUCCCCUGGCAUCUCAGCCUCCCGGCAGACUCCACCAGCGGGCCCCUGCGUCCCUCCUCGUCCCGGCCGUGAUCCUGCCGGUGGCUGUAGGCUUCGGCC